UUCAAUUUGGAUCCCUGGCAGUGAGUCACGGACGGGACAUAACCAGUAAAAUAAUAGAAUCACUAUUACCAUUAUCAUCUUCUUCAUCGUCCUCGUCUUCUUUAUCAAUCUCAGGGUUAACUUCGUCUUUUCCAUCUACAAAGGCAGUGGAUCUGCAAUUGUGAAAAACCCUACACAAUCCGAUCAAGUUGCACCUGCAGCUACCACAGGUCGAGUCGGAUCAUUAGCAGACAGAAAAGGCUACAUCAAUUGGAUGUUGGUUUUGGAUGUUUCGAGAUCUUAAUGAAUUGUUAACGGAGAUUUUGUUUGAUUUUUCCUGAUGUAUGUCUGGCCUCUGGUAACACAUCCACACUCUGAUUUUUUCUUCAUGAACAUAAAUCCGUGUUUUUGGUGUGAUAAUACAAUUCUGUUUUAAUGGAAAGCUUGUGCCCAGUUCAAUUGGAAGAUGUUAUCAGUUGAGUAUGUGUCCGUGACAGAGGUGUGUGUUUGUUUGUGUGGAGUGUCAUUAUGAAGGUGAGUAAUGUGUUUGUAGAAGAUGAAAUGCGGUACUAAGGAAGUGAUUUUAAGUUGUUUGCUUCGCCUAUUCUGAGUGCCAAAACGUUUUUUUGGGUUGGAUGAGACUGAACUUCCUAGUGGGGCAUUUUGAAUACCAAAAAGUUCGAGUAGGAGAGAGAUAAACAAAAAGGUACGGAGUGUUGAUUGUUUUUAUUACAUCGUUUUCUAUUCGAACUGUGCAAGAGAGGAUACAUAUACUCAACUGUGAAGUACAAAUAAAAGAGUAUGUAUACUUUCCAGUAGUAGACAGUUCCAUUAGGAAAGAAGAAAAAGGGAAAGAAGAAAAAGGGAAGGAAGAAAAAGAAAAGAAAGUGAGAUAAUUUUUAAAAUUGUUUGGGAGGAAAGAAAGAUAAAAUGAGCAGACAUGUGGACUUCUUUGCUUCAUUUUUUGCUGAAUCAUAGACUUCUCUGCUUCAAUACUGAUGUCUAGCUAGCUCCAAAUAUUUUUAUUUGUCUUUCUGAUCCCUUAAUUCUUAUACUUACACAGAUAAGCCUCUGGAACAACUAGAGUCACUGGAGAUAUUGUGUGAUAGAUAUUUUCUGAAUGUACUGUCUGAGUCAAAGAUCUGUAUUUGCUAUAUCGAUUAAGCACAAAUGAAAGGAGGACAUAUUUAUAGCUUUAAAGGGAGGUUUAUUUUCCUGCCUCUGGUUACCCUUGUUCUAUUUACUACAUUAAUGUGGACAUGGGAGAGAAAUCCAAUAAUAGCUAUGACUUUAAGAUCAGCUCAAGAAUGGUACAACUUACCUUCAGCACAAGCCCCUAUUGAAUCUGUGGGAACCGCAACACUGGAAAAGGAUGUGGAAAAAUCCGCUACUCCCAGCACAGAAAAUAGAACAAAAAUUCAACUUGAUACUCAGGUUGUGGCAACCGUGGAUUCUAUACCUGCAGACUCUCCAAAAUCUCAAUACAAUCAAAAUUUCACUCCUUCUUCCACAAGUACAGGAACUCCAACACUGGAAAAGGGUGGGGAAAAAUCCAUAACCCCAACCACACCUGCAGAAUCUCCAAAAACUCAAUACAAUCAAAAUGUCACAGCUUCUUCUAGAAGUAAAGUUUGUAAUUAUGCCAAGGGUAAGUGGGUUGCCGAUAGCAGGAGGCCGCUGUAUUCUGGGUUCAACUGUAAGCAAUGGUUAUCCUCAAUGUGGUCAUGUAGAAUGACACAACGACCAGAUUUCUCAUAUGAGGGAUAUCGCUGGCAACCGGAAAAUUGUGAAAUGCAAGAGUUUAACCGGUCUGCGUUCUUGAAAAAGAUGCAGGACAAAACAAUUGCUUUUAUAGGAGAUUCAUUGGGCCGGCAACAAUUUCAAUCUCUAAUGUGUAUGGCCACUGGUGGGGAAGAGAGCCCAGAGGUUCAAAAUGUGGGAUGGGAGUAUGGUUUGGUAAAAGCACGUGGAGCUAUUCGUCCAGAUGGUUGGGCUUAUAGAUUUCCCAAGACUAAUACCACCAUAUUAUAUUAUUGGUCAGCUAGCUUAAGUGAUUUGCAGCCACUUAACAUCUCAGACAAGCUGUCAAACGUUGCCAUGCAUUUAGACCGACCCCCAGCUUUCAUGAGUCGGUUCCUCCAUCGCUUUGAUGUUUUGGUUCUUAAUACAGGACACCACUGGAACAGGGGGAAGCUUACUGCGAACAGGUGGAUAAUGCAUGUUAAUGGAAAGCCAAAUGAAGACAAGCAGAUUGAAGUAAUUGCAAAUGCCAAAAACUUAACAAUCUACAGUAUAGCCAGAUGGCUUGAUUUGCAGCUUGUUUCUCAUCCUCGGCUCAAAGCUUUCUUCAGGACUAUAUCUCCUAGGCAUUUUUUCAAUGGGGAUUGGAACACUGGUGGAAGCUGUGAUAACACUAUCCCUUUAACCAAUGGAAGUGAGGUCAUGCAAGAAGGGUCUACUGAUACAACUAUUGAAGGUGCUAUAAAGGGUACAAAGAUUAAAAUACUGGACGUAACUGCCCUUUCGCAAUUGAGGGAUGAGGCUCACAUGUCGCGCUACAAUUUUAGAGGAACUCUUAAUUCAAGUGACUGCUUGCACUGGUGCCUACCUGGUAUUCCAGAUACGUGGAACGAACUCCUUGUUGCUCAGAUAUAGGCUGUCAUAGUUUAGGCACCUCUCCUUGCUUACAAAUGCAUCCCAGCAUGCAUUAGUAAGAUGUUUAGGGCACCAGAAUCUGUUCAUUAUUUAUGGUCUAGGAAGACCAAUCAUUUGUUUCGUCCAAUGAUGUAUUUCAUUUAUUGUUUUCUCACCAAAUAGGAAAAGUGGGGAGAUCGUACAGCCCCAUUCCGUUUUCACUUUAAUGAAAGAACAAUUAGGUGAAACUUAUAUAUAUAUAUAUAUAUAUAUAUAUAUAUAUAUAUGUAUGAUUUGGACAGAAUCAAGGAUGAACAUAACCACACGAGGUAUGAGCUAUAAAUACCAUAGGCAUGACCAAAGUUGUCAUGGCUUUUAUUCAA